UGGUACGUUUGUUUCGAUGCCUCAGUCCACUUCACCGUCUGCAAUUGUAAACAUCUGGUAAUAAUAGUAAAGCAUUGAAGAAUGGAAAAACGAGCGGCGCCGCUAUUGGAGGAGAAUAUUUCCCAAUUAUUUGGGAUAAUUGUGGCAAUUUUUGCCAUCGUUUUGACAAUCGUUGUAUUCAUUGUAUGGCGGAGAAAAAAAACCAUUGGACGAAAUGUACUCAUCACAGGCCUCUGUGAUGCUGGAAAAACACUCCUUUUCACAAGUUUGAUUCAUGAGAUUCACUUCCCAACGUACACAUCUGUAAAAGAAAAUAUCGUCGAUAUCCCCGUUAACCGCAUGCUCCUUAAAAUAAUUGACAUCCCCGGCAACGAGAAAUUGAGGUACAGAAUUUUCGACCAAUAUAAAUCGUCAGCCAGAGGUCUGGCCUUCGUUAUUGACUCAGUAACUUUCCAGAAAGACAUUCGUGAUGUUGCAGAGUUCUUGUACACUUUGCUCUGUGACUCGAUUGUCCACAAAUCCUUCCCCGUCCUCGUUCUCUGCACUAAACAAGACCAAGCAUUGGCGAAGAGUUGCACAGUCAUCAAGAAUCUCCUGGAGAAGGAAAUGAAUCUCGUUCGAGUGACGAAAUCCAGUCAACUGGAAGCCACAGACGCAUCUUCAAGGAAUACAUUCCUCGGUAAACGGGGAAAGGACUUUGAAUUUGACGAUGUUAGCGAACGAAUUGAAUUCGGUGAAUGCAGUUCCUUCCACAAAACGCCCGGAGUCCCAGCUGAAAAUGGACAGUUCUGGGAUUGGCUCAAAAGAAUUGUGUGAGGAGCAGAAAGACUCAGGACAUGUGAAAAACUGCAGUGGAUAAAUUCAGAAAUCAGUUCUACAAAUCUCUGAUCAAAAAUGAUUUUUUUCCACUUUUCGAAUAUUUUUAGACAAUAUUUUUACAGAAAGUUCGGAUUUGUAUGACGGGAUAACUAUUUCAAAAGGUGAAUUUUCCACGAUUUUCCGCCAAAAACUUGGUGACUGAGAAUUAAUGAAGUUUCAUCUCUGAAUUUUUAUUCUAAAAAUGGGAGAAGAGAAUUCAAGGGAAAAAUCUACUUCAGUGAAAAGAAUGACAAUUUUCUCUUAAGGUCCUGGGACUACCCAAUUGUCAAAGUAAUAAAUAAAUGGGAUAAACAAUAAAAUAA